AUGCAUGGCACGGCUGUGUCCGGAUCUGCGAAGAAGAGGAGGCCGGUCACAUGGGAUGCCUCGCUGGCACUAUGCAGAGCUUGGGCUCUUCGCGGCCUGCAAUACAAUGCGAAGACAUUCGGCCUCGUCCUCCACAGCUGCGAGAAAGCGGCCCGCUGGCGCGAAGCCGUUUCCAGCAUCGUGCACAUGGGCGAGAUCGUGGUCAGGCCCAACGUGAUCGUAUUCAGCAGUGCCGUCAGUGCUUGCGAGAAGGCCUGGCGGUGGGCUCAAGCUUUACUUCUUUUGGCUGCUGCGGAGCACGAGCUAGUGGAGCUCGAUGUGCUCAUCUACGCCGCUGCCAUCACCGCUUGUGAGAAGAGCCGGGAGUGGGAGCAGGCACUGGCUCUUUUCUUCUGCCUGCAGCAGCGGUCGAUGGUUGCGGAUGUCGUCGUGCACAAUGCUGCCAUGAGCGCCUUGUCACGGGGCACGAAGUGGCAGGCAAGCCUUUGCCUACUGGCACAGCUGCCACAAAGGCGUUGCCGGCCAACGGUCGUCUCUUUGGGUGCAGCAGUCUCGUCCUGCGAACGCGGCUCCAUUUGGCGAUGGGUGCUGGCCAUGCUGGCAGAAGCGGUUGCAUGGCCACUGCAGCCGAGUGUUCUCUGCCAAAACUUGUCGAUUAGUGCCUGCGUCCGCGCCUCACACUGGAGGCACGCUCAAGUGCGGCUACAGGCUUUGGAUGGGGGCGAAGGCAUUUCCCUUGCUGCAGCUGCCAGCUUCGCAGCGAGCGCCUCCUGGAAAGGCUUCGAAGGCAGCCCCAAUCGGAUGGUUUUCCACGCCGCAGUGACAGCCUAUGAGAAGAGCAGUGACUGGCAAAUGGCCCUUCGAUUACUGCAGCAAGGUGCUGAGAUAGAUGUGGCUCCAGACGCUCUUUUGCGCCAUUCUGCUAUAGCGGCUUGCGCCCAAGCCCGUGAAUGGCUGCAGGCCUUGUUUUUGCUGACGUCGGCCGCUGGAGCCCGUGCCAACGUCACCGCGCCGAUGUAUGCUCUGGUACUGAGCCCAUGUGAGCAAGUUGGCGAGUUUCGCCACCUGCCGCAGAUUCUCGAGGCGAUGACGCUGAAGACUUGCAGCGAGGUGGUGCUGCUGUUGGGACUAACGUGA